CAACUUGCAACGUGGAGAAGAUGAGCAUUAUUAAGGCGGCUGUUAUUUUGUUUCUAUUUGGAACAGCAUAUUCCCAGAUAGGUACCUCAUGUGGAAUACUUUAUAAGAAUAAACAGGUGCACUGUGAGGACAAUAGUCAAUGUGUAUAUGAGUAUCAGCUGUGCGAUGGGUCAAGUCAGUGUCGAGACGGAUCAGAUGAAAGAAGGGAUUUCUGCACAGAUUAUCAGUGUCGUGAAGGAUUUGUUAAAUGUGCUGAUGGUCGCCAAUGCAUAUGGAAGCCUGCAUUAUGUAAUGAGUACAUUGCAUGUAACGACGGGUCAGAUGAAAGCGAGGCUAUAUGUAAAGGUAAAAAUAACACAUAUGUAGUCAGUUCAUAA